UCAGGAAAUGCUUAUCUCCUGCUGUUGAUGAAUAAUUUCAGAGUACUAUGGAUCAUGCUGAAGAAACUGAAAUCCCUGCAGCACCCGAGAAGUACUAUGUGGACAGGCCUAUCUUUAGUCAUCUGGCCCUCCAGGAAAUACUGCACACGAAGGAGAAGAUUCCGGAUUCCAUUGGGGAUAAGCUAAAACAGGCAUUCACAUGUACUCCUAAGAAAAUAAGAAACAUCAUUUAUAUGUUCUUACCCAUAACUAAGUGGUUGCCAGCAUACAAAUUCAAGGAGUAUGUGUUGGGUGACUUGGUCUCAGGCAUCAGCACAGGGGUGCUUCAGCUCCCUCAAGGAUUAGCCUUUGCGAUGUUGGCAGCUGUGCCUCCGGUGUUCGGCCUGUACUCUUCGUUUUACCCUGUUAUCAUGUAUUGUUUUUUUGGAACCUCCAGACACAUAUCCAUAGGUCCGUUUGCUGUAAUUAGCCUGAUGAUUGGCGGUGUGGCUGUUCGAUUGGUCCCAGAUGAUAUAGUCAUCCCGGGAGGAGUAAACGCAACCAACGGUACGGAAGCCAGAGACGCCUUGAGAGUGAAAGUCGCCAUGUCAGUGACCUUACUCACAGGAAUCAUUCAGUUCUGCCUAGGCGUCUGUAGGUUUGGAUUUGUGGCCAUCUACCUCACAGAGCCCCUGGUGCGAGGCUUUACCACAGCAGCGGCUGUGCACGUCUUCACCUCCAUGUUAAAAUACCUGUUCGGAGUCAAAACAAAGCGGUACAGCGGGAUCUUUUCAGUGGUGUAUAGUACGGUUGCUGUGUUGCAGAAUGUUAAAAACCUCAACGUGUGUUCCCUAGGCGUCGGGCUGAUGGUUUUUGGUUUGCUGUUGGGUGGCAAGGAGUUUAAUGAGAGAUUUAAAGAGAAACUGCCGGCACCCAUUCCUUUAGAGUUCUUUGCGGUGGUCAUGGGAACUGGCAUUUCGGCGGGGUUUAGCUUGCACGAGUCCUACAAUGUGGAUGUCGUUGGGACACUUCCUCUGGGGCUGCUACCUCCAGCCAAUCCGGACACCAGCCUCUUCCACCUCGUGUACGUGGAUGCCAUCGCCAUAGCCAUUGUUGGGUUUUCAGUGACCAUCUCGAUGGCCAAGACGUUGGCAAAUAAGCAUGGCUACCAGGUCGAUGGCAAUCAGGAGCUCAUUGCACUGGGAAUAUGCAAUUCCAUUGGAUCGCUCUUCCAGACUUUCUCGAUUUCAUGUUCCCUGUCUCGAAGCCUUGUUCAGGAGGGCACUGGAGGGAAGACACAGCUUGCAGGUUGUUUGGCCUCGUUAAUGAUUCUGAUGGUCAUAUUAGCCACCGGAUUCCUCUUUGAAUCAUUACCCCAGGCUGUGCUGUCGGCCAUUGUGAUCGUCAACCUGAAAGGAAUGUUUAUGCAAUUCUCAGAUCUCCCCUUUUUCUGGAGAACCAGCAAAAUAGAGCUGACCAUUUGGCUUACGACUUUUGUUUCCUCCUUGUUCCUGGGGUUGGACUAUGGUUUGAUUACUGCCGUCAUCAUUGCGCUAAUGACUGUGAUUUACAGAACACAGAGUCCGAGCUACAAAGUCCUUGGACAGCUUCCUGACACUGAUGUGUACAUUGAUAUAGAUGCAUAUGAGGAGGUGAAAGAAAUUCCUGGAAUUAAAAUAUUCCAAAUAAAUGCCCCAAUUUAUUAUGCAAAUAGUGACUUGUAUAGCAGUGCAUUAAAAAGAAAGACGGGAGUGGACCCAGCGUUUAUUUUGGGAGCGAGAAGAAAGGCCAUGAAGAAGUAUGCCAAAGAAGUCGGGAAUGCAAACCUGGCCAACGCCACCAUGAUCAAGGCGGAUGGAGAAGUAGCUGGAGAAGAUGCUACGAAGCCUGAGGAAGAGGAUGAUGAACCAAAAUUUCCCCCUGUAGUCAUCAAGACCACCAUUCCUGAAGAACUGCAAAGAUUCAUGCCCCCAAGUGAAAAUGUCCACACUGUCAUUCUGGAUUUCACACAAGUCAAUUUUAUCGAUUCUGUGGGCGUAAAAACUCUGUCAGGGAUUGUAAAAGAAUAUGGAGAUGCCGGUAUUUAUGUGUAUUUAGCCGGAUGCAGUGUACAAGUUGUAAAUGACCUCACUUCAAACUACUUUUUUGAAAAUCCAGCCUUAAAGGAGCUGCUGUUCCACAGCAUUCAUGAUGCGGUCUUAGGGAGCCAGCUUCGAGAGGCGCUCGCUGAACAAGAAGCUUUGACUCCUCCGCCCCAGGAGGACGCAGAGCCCAACGCCACUCCGGCUGAGGAAUGAGGAACUCAGCCUGGGAUAGGGUAUAAGCCUCUUCCAAAACUACUAAUUUACACAUUUUUAAUACUAGACACGAGAUUUUUUUUUUUUCUAAUAGUAAAUACGAGUAGUCAAGGCUUGAUUUGGAGGGUGAAUGACGCAUAGCAAGAUGUAUCUUACUUGUGUGGUUUUCUUCUAAUUGGCUACUUCCAAGAUAAAUUGGCCUCUUAACCUGAACUUAUUGUGCAGUGACAUUUCUGCUAAUUUUUACUAUUAUCUUUGUCAGCUAAGCACUUAAGAAUUUUUCUCUUUAAGCACUUUACUUACAAAUCAGUUAGGCUGUCACCAGAUAGUGUGUUCCUUGCUUUUGUACUUGCUGCCCUACAGACUUUCUGUAAUGAGUUAUUGUACAGAGGUGGCAUACCCACCAUUUCCUAGUUUUUCUUUUGAAAUAAGCUUUUAUUUUUACAGAUGCAAUAUAGUGCAUUACAGAAAAUCAGAAAAGGAAAAAAUAAAAUAUGAUACUGCCACCACUGCUAACAACUUAAUGCAUAUCCUUCCAUAUCUUUAUGAAUACAUUUAUCUUUUAACCAAAAUAAGAUCAUAGGCCAUGUAGUGUUCUGUCACCUAUUUUCUUCCACAAUUUCCAUUUUCUCAUUCCAGAAUAUUUUUACCAUAUUCAAAUUUACCCCACUUGUCCCCAAAUUUGUAGUUGAUUUGUCCAAACUAGUAUCCAUUCUAUGACCUUCCCCUAUAACGUCAUAUCCCUUUUUUAAGUCCUUUAAGUCUAUCUAGCACAGUCUCUUUUUUUAUGACAUUGAUUCAUUAGAGAUUGGAUCAGUUAUCCUGCAGAAUUCCAUAUUACUAACGUGUCUACUUGCUUUCCUAAGGUGUUAUUUAGCUUGUCCUUUUAUAUCCUGAACUACCUGUGAUCUAAAAGUUGUAUCUAGAGGCCUAAUGGAUUUGAAAAAAAAAAAAUGUUUUUUUUUUUUGCUAGAAUAUAUCAUAGAUGAGACACAUGCUUUCAUUGUAUCAUAUCAGAAAACACAUCAUAUCUAGUUGACCCUACGAUUACAUGCUAAGAUAAACCUACUAACAGUGUGAUCUCAAUUAUGUUUUCAUCUUUGUAACUAGUAAGUUAUCAACAUGGUGUUCCUUUGGCAUCUAACGAAUUCCCAGUUCCCCAUGAGCCAUUCACCCAGGGUUUUUAACAUCUGGUGAUAAUACUUGUCUAAAUCAGUAAAUGUUAAGGUUUGUGAAUUUUCCCCCAAUUUUUUUAUUCCUUCAGCAUUUAUUAGUUGGUAUUUCUGUGUAAAUGAUAGAUUUUCUUCAACUUGAGCUAUUUAGUCAUCCUUAAACACAGUUCUUACUAGAAAGGCAGGUUUAUUUUCCCCAUUUACUUAUCAACUUCAAAGAAGUUGGUUUAAUAAAUAGAAGUAACAAGUUAGGUUUCAUUAUAAAUAUAGACUGGAGAAUUCUUAAUGUGUUUCAGUCUGUGAUAGUUGUUCUUUUGGUGCUAAAAUGGUAGCAAUUGUGACCAGUAGGAGCCCCUAGAAAUGUUUCUAAUAAUGAAGUAGUCUUAAAGACCAUGUAUUUAACAAAACUAAUGCCUUCGUAUAACUUACUGUUUUCCUUAGAAGUCCAGAAGAGUUAUCCGUUAAUUCAUCAGACUCAGUCUUAAGCCUAUGAGUGAGCAAAAUGCUUAUUUCAAGCACUCUUUAAAAUUGUUCCAAAGGAGUGGGAGAGACUAUUAAGGUAACUUGUCAUCAAAAGUUAUUGGUAUAGUUGUAACAAAUCACUGAUUCGAAGCACAAAUAUUAGCUAACCUGCUAAAGCCUCCUAUGCUAAGAUUUCCUGCUAAUAGUUUGUCUUAUAUGUUUUUCUUCUUUAAAAAGUUUCCUUAUUGACUCAUCUUAACUUUCGUGAAAAAGCACGCAGGAGAAAAGUGGUCAGAUGCCAGAACUAUGUGAGCAUGGGUCUACUCAAAAACAAACUCUGUGGUUUGCUUGCUUUAACUUCCAUGAGGCUUCUCAAUAACUUACUAAUUUAAUUGAAAGUAGACCCCUCCCUUUUAAUCAACUAUUUCCCUAGAUCUAAAGUAAAAUUAUAUUUACAUUCAGUUAUUUCCUUGGCAAUCAUCACACACAAGAUCCGAUACAUCUGCAUUCUGAUACAGACUGCCUUCUGAAAAAGCAUGUAGUUGUAGAACCUCACCUUAUACUAGAAACUUUUGUACAAGGGCCUGCAUCAUUUCGGCCAUUCAAGUAGAACUUAAGAAUUGUAAGCAAUAUUAUAAAAUAGUCCAUUGCAUAUUCUUUAGCACCAGCCUUCAACAAACACUUUACACAUAAUAGUGACUCAAGUCUUAGUUGAUAGGUUGAACGUGUACAAAAAGGUGUUUGUAUCUUACAAACUUAGGUAUUUUUUCUGUCCUUUAAUGUUUAACCUAUUUUAAAUAGAAUUCUACCAUGUACAUAAAAAGCACUUGUCUUACUGAAGGAAAAUUUUUUCAGUAUGUCUCUGAGAAUCUAAUGCAUUUCAAAAUCUAUUUUAUCUAUAUGUAAAUAUUUUGGAAUCGUUCACUUAGAAUUAUUUCAUAUAGUGGAAAAUUUCUUAACCCUUUUUUAUUUAGUCCCGUUUUGUCUCUACCUUCUUUCUGGAUUUUAAUAGCUGCUAGUUUGUCUUUCUGUUUUUCAGCCCUGGUUCAAAUUCAGAUUCUUACUGCCUUGUCAAAAUGGGCAUAAUGUACAGCGAUAUGGGGACUAGUCUUUCUUAUGGUAGUAAAGCUAUUUUCAGGAAGGUCCCAUAUAGAGAAAUGCUUUGUCUUUCUCAAAUCCUACGUAAUACGACUGUCAGUGGUUGAUCUCUACCUCAUGGAUGGAUGGAAUGUUUGAAAAUAUUGUGAACCAGGACUCAGAAAGCUAGUCAUGUCAUAGACAUUGUGUACUCAUAUGGCAGCUGAUGGUGGGAUCCCAAUUGCCAAUCUCAUGUGCAGUGGGACUCAAAGAAACAGUGGAUAUGAAUCCUCUGCAAGCCCUAGAAUAGCUCCUUUGUAGUUUUCAGGUAACAUCUAAAAUAUCCACUCCAUGUGGUUUGAUCCUGUAUCCUUACCUGUUUAACAAAGAAAGGAGGUGCUUGCCUCCAAAGGUACAUUUUGAGAAAAUGAGUCUGCCCUCGUGUGUGCAUGGAGGGCCAGCAUCCCAGAUAAUUUGCCCUGGAGUGGGUAGGUGUGGGGUUUUGUUUUAGGGAGUAGGGGGGGGGGGGGGGUGUGCCCUUGUGUGGGGAUGGGGAGGGAAUGUUAUGUAGUAGGAAGGCUUUAUUUCCUAUGUCUGCCCCUUUAAAGAUAGUCAAUUUAAAUUCUAAGAUCCAAUAAUACUUACUUGGUGUGAGCCUGUAUGUUUUAGUGCAAAAGUGCUGUUGGUCCUUUUUAGUGUACCUUUCAGGAAUGCUUUUAGGAUUCAGUGUGUUUAGAUUCUUGAUAAUAUGGUUUGAGUGCUGAUACAAGUUGAUAUGAGAACUGAUAAAGUAUUAUCUAAUUCUCCAAACAUAACCAAAAUGCAUGCAAUGGUUUUGAAGCCCCUCAAAUCCCAACAAAAUGUUCAAGUUAGCUGCCUGCUUACUGACUUGGAUAUAACCAAGUUUGAGCAUUUCACAAAUCCAUCUUGCCUUUGAAAAGGCUUACCCACUUUUUCAUUAUACUGUGGUAUACAGCAUUUACUUUAUGUAACAGAUGAAUCUGACCCUUGUGAAAAUUUUUAUAAAUAUCACAUUUUUAAGUAUUA